GGCAUUUGUCCAGCUGGAUAUUUUUGCCCACGAGCAUCUCCGCAUCCCUUAAUCUGCCCUUCAGGAUAUUACUGUGAAAGAUCUGGGUUUGAGAAUGUCACAGGGCCGUGCAGAGCAGGGUUUUAUUGCCCUGAUCCCGGAAUGCUAAGUGGAAUUCUCUGCCCGGUCGGUAAAUAUUGUCCACAGGGAAGCAUUUCUCCGAUACCUUGCCCAAAAGGCACAGCUUCUAUCACACUGGGUGCCGUGGACGUGGGGCAAUGUCUAUCCUGUCCGGUGGGGAUGUAUUGUGCUUCGCUUGGGAUAUCCGAACCAACAGGAAUCUGUCAGGCUGGAUAUUUGUGUCCAAGCGGAUCCGUUGUAUCAGCACCACAAGGCAAUCAAUCCAUGUGCCCAAAAGGAUACUUUUGUCCUGCCGGGUCUCAAGUUCCGAUUCCUUGUCCACCUGGAACAUACAACGACCACGAUCACGGUCGAGGACCCUCUGAAUGCAUCCCUUGUCCUGCGGGCCAAUUCUGCGCUACAGGGGAUCCUCGUAGCUUGACACGGGAUAGAGGUGAGAUUUGUCCUUCGGGGUUUUACUGCCCACAAGGUUCCUCUCAGCCAAAUGCAUGUCCACGUGGCACAUUUCGUCAAGAGACUGGAGGCAGCAACUUAGACGAGUGCCUACCCUGUCCU